AUGGAAUUGGGGAAUAAUACAGAAAUUUCAGAAUUUCUUCUUCUGGGAUUCUCAGAGGAACCAGAACUUCAGCCCCUCAUAUUUGGGCUUUUUCUUUCCAUGUACCUGAUCACUGUGCUUGGAAACCUGCUCAUCAUCCUGGCAGUCAGCUCAGAUGCCCACCUACACACACCCAUUUCAGAUUCCCACCUCCACACCCCCAUGUACUUCUUCCUUUCCAACCUGUCCUUUGUAGACAUCUGUUUCACCACCACAACAAUCCUAAAGAUGUUAAUAAAUAUACAGAGCCAGAGAAAAGCUAUAUCCUAUGAAGGCUGCAUCAGUCAGAUGUAUUUUUACAUGCUCUUUGCAGUGUUGGAUGAUUUUCUUCUGACCGUGAUGGCGUAUGACCAGUAUGUGGCCAUCUGCCACCCCCUGCACUACACAGUCAUCAUGAACCCUCAGUUCUGUAGACUUUUGGUUCUGCUAUCCUGGAUCACUAAUACCCUGCUUUCCCUGUUAGAAACCUUACUUGUGUUACGGCUGUCUUUCUGGAAUGAUACAAAAAUUUUGGAAUUCCUUCUUCUGGGAUUCUCAAAAGAACCAGAACUGCAGCCCCUCAUAUUUGGUCUGUUCCUCUCCAUGUACCUGAUCACUGUGUUUGGAAACCUGCUCAUUAUCCUGGCUGUCAGCUCAGACUCCCACCUCCACACCCCCAUGUACUUCUUUCUCUCCAACCUGUCCUUUGUAGACAUCUGUUUCACCUCCACAACCAUCCCAAAGAUGCUGCAGAACAUAAGGACACAGAGCAAAGUACUAACCUAUGAAGACUGCAUCACCCAGAUGUACUUUUUCAUUCUCUUUGCAGUGCUGGACAUGUUUCUCCUGACCGUGAUGGCCUAUGAUCGAUUUGUAGCCAUCUGUCACCCCUUGCACUACACGGUCAUCAUGAACCCCCAGCUCUGUGGUCUGCUUGUUCUGGUGUCCUGGAUGAUGAGUGCCCUGAAUUCCUUGUUACAAAGUGUAAUGGUGUUGAGAUUGUCCUUCUGUACAGACUUGGAAAUCCCCCACUUUUUCUGUGAAAUUAAUCAGUUGAUUCAACUUGCCUGUUCUGACAUGUUUCUUAAUGAGAUAGUGAUGUAUUUUGCAGCUACAAUAUUGGCUGGGAUGUUGGGUGGUGCUUCCCUCACUGGUAUUCUUUACUCAUACUCUAAGAUAGUUUCCUCCAUACAAGGAAUAUCAUCAGCCCAUGGGAAGUAUAAAGCAUUUUCUACCUGUGCAUCUCACCUCUCAAUUGUUUCCUUAUUUUAUUGUACUAUCUUGGGAGUGUACCUUAGCUCCACAGGUACCUACAGCUCACACUCAAGUGCAAUCGCCUCAGUGAUGUACACAGUGGUCACACCCAUGCUGAACCCCUUCAUCUACAGUCUCAGAAAUAAAGACAUAAAGGGGGCUUUGAAAAGAAUCACUGGAAUGUCAGUUAUAUAA